UUUGCUACAAGCUAACCGCGCGCUUGACAUUUUUAAAAACCACCCACCAAAAGAUGCUCCUCCGACGGAUCAAAACUGUCCAACAAACAACCACAACAAGUCAGGGGGAACUUUGCCCAACUGUGUCCAAACUUCAAUAAGGAGGCAAAUCCCAAGCUGCACUUUGGAGGGUGUUAGCAUUGUUUUAUCGUCUCUGUACGAUCGCCUCUUGCUGGAGACGACUCGUUGUUUUUCUUUCUUUCUUUCUGUUUUUUUUUUAAUUUGAUUUUAUUACAUCAUUCCUGGAGUAGUUGCUGAUGAAUUCCCCGAAAAAGGACGGAGAUGAUGAUGUGCCCGUUAAAGAUUCGAUAAAAUACGGCGAACUGGUCAUAUUGGGGUACAAUGGCUCUCUUCCCAGCGGCGACCGCGGGCGCAGGAAGAGCCGCUUCGCCUUGUACCGACGGGCCAAGGCCAACGGCGUCAAACCCAGUGCUGUGCACAUCCUCAACACGCCGCAGGACAGCAAGGCUGUGCACAGCAGGGGGCAGCACAGCAUCUCUUUCACGCUGUCCCGCAACCAGACAGUGGUGGUGGAGUAUUGCCAUGACAACAACACUGACAUGUUCCAGAUUGGGCGCUCUACAGAAAGUCCCAUUGACUUUGUGGUGACAGACACAUCCGGGGGGGCCAAGGAGGGAGAGGACCCCUCCAUUGCCCCCAGCACCAUCUCACGUUUUGCCUGCAGGGUGGUGUGUGAGCGCCACCCGCCAUACACCGCGCGCAUCUACGCCGCUGGCUUCGACUCCUCCAAAAACAUCUUCUUGGGGGAGAAGGCCACCAAGUGGAAGAACCCCGAUGGACACAUGGACGGCCUGACCACUAACGGGGUCCUGGUCAUGCAUCCGGAGGGUUUCCCGGAGGACCCCAAGCAGGGUCUAUGGCGGGAGAUCUCGGUCUGUGGUGAUGUCUAUGCCCUGCGGGAGACUCGCUCUGGACCCAGUAGAGGCAAACUCGCAGAGGGGGAGAGCAGCGCGCUACGGGACGGUUCAUUGGUGGAUCUGUGCGGCGCCACUCUGCUGUGGCGCACAGGUGAAGGCCUCAUGCGCGCUCCCACCCUGCGCCACCUGGAGGCGCUUCGCCAGGAAUUGAACGCCACUCGGCCUCAGUGUCCUGUUGGCCUCAGCACACUGGCCUUCCCCAGCCUGCCCCGCAGCCACAGCCUUGAAGAACGUCAGCCAUGGGUCUACCUCACCUGCGGCCACGUCCACGGGCGCCACGACUGGGGCCAGAGAUCCGAGGGCGAGGAGGAGCCAGGCGAUAGCGACGGCUCCACCGUGCGGCGAGAGUGCCCGCUGUGCCGGAGCGUGGGCCCCUACGUGCCUCUGUGGCUGGGCUGCGAGCCGGCCGUGUACGUGGACGUCGGCGCCCCCACGUACGCUUUCGUGCCGUGCGGCCACGUCUGCUCAGAGAGGACAACCAGGUACUGGGCGGACACCCCGCUGCCUCACGGGACGCACGCCUUCAGACCCGUGUGUCCUUUCUGCUCAUCCGCCCUCAGCACGCCGGGAUGGACACGGCUCAUCUUCCAGGGCCCCAUCGACUAAAGCAACCACAACACAAAGAAGAAGUGACAGACCCUUCCCUCUCCUAUCAACAAACACACGUUUGUAGCGUAUGCAGCUCCUUCCCUUAUUCCUCCUUCAGGGCUUGUUGAUGGAUGGAGGAUCUGGUGAUGAGGUGAAAUGAAACGUGACAGAGUGAUCAAUACGGCCAUUGAUUUCCUCUGGACGUCAUCUUAGUCUGCCGAUUUUCAUUCCAUGACAGUACAAGUGCAGUGGAUCCCCGCAUAUUUGCAGAUUUAUGGUAAAAGAAAUUCUAUUUUUGUCAGAAAACUUGCACAUUCAUGCUUUUUCCAUGAAAAUAGGCUGCAUCUUCACCACCCAAAGUUGGUUAUCAUUUAUAAAUACGUGAUAAUGCAGCAUAAAAUGUACAACAUGGUGACCCACCGUUCAGUAAGGAUGAUGUAGACAUGGCUUAGGGAAACACCUUCUCUGACAGCUAGCCGGGAUGACCCAGCAGCCUGCAGAGCUGCGUAGCACCGCUAGCUGCAUGAGCAGGAGAUGUAGGCGGCCCCACAGCCGUUGCGCUUGUAGCGCUAGCCUGACCUCCAGGCUCAAGGCUAGACCGUGACUGUUCUUUCCAUCAUUUUUCAUUAUCUUUCAUUAGUGGUGAGUACAUUACACUGGUGAGUAUACUUUGAUACUACUACUACUACAGUGUGUUGAACAAGUGUGUGAGGCAUAUUUAGGCCUUAAACCUGGAUUUUCCUUCUAUGCAUUUCGCUUGUUAGCUUCCUUUGUCGCGUGUAAACAAUGGCAAUUGAAGAGAAAAGAGGAGUCACUUUUAAAUCAGAGGAGAUUGUCAGUGUCAAGCCAGGAGGAAGGUUUGGUGGCGCCUCGAUGCAGCAUAAUCUAGGCUUGAUUAUACACUCCUGAUCAAAAUGUUAAGACAAGAAUGUACAUUUUUCACUGUUGGAUCUUUGAGCUUUGUAGAGCUUUGAAAUGAAAGUAGAGCUUUGAAAGUAGAGCUUUGAAAUGCAAAAAGAAGAAAUGGGAGUGAGAUUAUAACAAUUUUAGGAAGAAAUUUAUUGCAAAGAAGUAUUCAAGUGGAAUGGCUGUUCAUCAGCUCAUCAAAGGUUUAAGCUAAAAACAAACAAACUCUGAAACCUCGUAAAAUAGAAAUAAAAUGUAUGAAAAAGAAGUGAGUAAUGAGUAGCCCGCUGCAACAUCUCCACAUAGCCCUCUGCCGUUUGACGCCCCCUGCACAACCUGAAGCUCCAUUGUUUCAUUGAAGGAUCGUUAUGAUGGAAAACAUCUGAGGUGGGAUCUCCUUGUCAUGCCAGCAACAUUGGAAGCCAUCAGGACCGUCAAGGGAGAAUAAAAGUGUCUUCCACCUUUCAAUGUCCCAUGUUUGGUGCUCUCCUGAAAAUUCCAAACGCCCAAUUUUGAAGAGCUUUUUUCUUGUUAAAAGCCUUCUCUGGCAGAUGGCGUCUGAUGGCUAUAGGACUGCACUCGGCACCAGUAACAACCUUCAUUUGGGCCGAGGCUGGUCCCGUGUCUUGACGGACAGCCAAUGGGAUCCUCCAGCUCAUUUUUUUGGGUCUACCACUUGACUUUUUUUGCUCCAUGAGCCUCAGGAUGUGUGAAGAAGUUUGAAAUGACUGGGAAGUUUGAACGUCUUACUGCGUCCAACCUCAGCAGCAAUGGCGUGCUGCCAGAGGCCUUGCUUAUGCAGCAGCGCCUUCAAAGAGAGAAAGCUUUUCUGCCUUUGCCAUCAAGAGAUCAUGACGACACUAAAUGAACAGCCUAUUUCACUUGAAUGCUUCCUUGCAAUAAAUUGCUUUUUGUCUCACUCCCAUUUCUUCUUUUUGCAUUUUGAAUCUCUUAGAACCUCCUUAAGAUCCAACAGUGCAAAAUGUACAUUCUUCACAUUUUUCAACUGCUCUUAACGUCUUGAUCAGGACUGUAUGGAGUGGCAAAAGGAGACGUUUUUAUUGGCAUCUCAGUUACUCGCGUCACAACACAAACCUUGUGAAUAGCGGGGAUCUACUGUACAUUGCGAUCCCGCCUGUCCAGCCACCAGAUCCCAACUCCAUCAUCAAGCAGAACGAGUGCAAACGAGGUCUGGGGGCUCCAGAAACUAGGUAAGACCCCCUUCACACAACUAUCCGAAAUAACAGCAAUAUCAGCACCCACUCGUAUAAAUAAGCUAAGAACUUACGCUCGCUUUCAUGGCCAGCGGUGGUCGCAUCAAACACGGCUGUAGCAGGUUUUUUUGGGGGGGGUUAGGAGAUCAAUCAGAAGUGUGUUUAGAUGUUGACAACCCUUUGAUGGAACCAAAGCAUUGUCAUCUUUGUUAAGCGUCAUUGGGAGGUGGCGUUGGCGCACUUCUGGUUGCUCGGCUGAGAAGCUAACAAGGUUCUAAAGGUGUGUCAACAUGAUGGUGCUGUGUCCAAAGGUUCCACCUUGCGUAACCUCAAAAUAUAACCUUGUUUGGGUUUUUGUUUUGUUUUUUAGUGUGUAUGACAGGGGUGGGCGAACAGCGGCCCGCGGGCCACAUCAGGCCCACCGAGCGUCUCCACCCGGCCCACCGGGCAUUUCCAAACUCCUUUUUUAAACCUUUAGCAUGGAAAGUGUAGCUGGCAACAUGACUUGCAGUGUUACUGUGGCACGCUUGUGUCGCCAUCCAAACAACACAACACGUCCCGGAGUCAGAGUACAUGUAAGAAUACAAACAAAUGUCUACACACGAUACCCAUGCCAAAAAAACACCCGUAUAUUCCUGCCACAAGGCAUGCUGGGUAGCUUGUAAGUUUGUCGCAUUUUUGCUAGAUUGCAAAAUGUUGAUUAGGUCGACAGGGAAGUAAAUAAGGAGUUAACAUACUCUUGAUAGCCAAUGUUUUUAUUGUUCAUAGUUCAUAUUCUUGUUACAGCUGCACUACUCAGCAUGCCUUGCGGGCAUUUGGAAAUAACAGUUUUAAGUUAUGUGCUAUGUUUAGCGCCUAGCUGUUGAUGUGUGCGAUGCAGUACCUUGCCGUGGAUGUGUUUCCGUUUCGUUGCACCGUGAGCAAGUAUGUCAUUGUUUGAUGCCACCUAUGUAUAGACGGCCCCGCCGCCAAUUUUUUUUUUAACCCAAUGUGGCCCGUGAGUCAAAGGUUUGCCCACCCCUGCAGUAUGAUGUGUGUGUCCAAAAAAAAGUAUUUUGUUAGGAAACGUGGAGUGAGGGUGUUCAGUGUUUUAAAAAAAACUAACAAAAAAAAAAGAGUAUUUUUCUAACUGAUUUAGUUGUUUAACUCAGUGAUAGGUGUUGAGUAUGUUCUGGGGAUGUCAGGAGAGCCCGUGAGUGUGGCCAAACAAACAAACAAACAAACAAAAAAAAAGGUUGCCAACACUGUGUCUGACUAACACAACACAACACAGAGAGUACGUAGACACAGUGCCAGCGUAGAACAUUGAAUGUAGCCAACCACGCGGGCUGUGUGCGUUCUAGCCUCUCCCUGGUGCUCUACUGAAUGCUCUCUAUAUUGUCAUACUAUUUUUGUAACUGAAUAGUUGCGGUGUAGCCCCUAUGAAUAUAAUAACCUCAUGUAUGGAAGAUGUAGAGUGGAUAUUCUACACGCUCACUUGUGUCUCACUUGCAUGUUCACACACACACAGCCAACCUUUUUCAUUCAGAGUGUUUGAUGAUGUCUUCCGAGUCUUCGGCUGUUAAACGUGCAAAUUCUUAUGGGAAAAAAAGGAAAAAUCCUCAUACUUGACAGAGCCACGUUGUACUGUAAUGCUAAUAUUUACCAACGCUGCUGCAGAAUUAAGAAAAUUUUUUUUGCCUACGUUAGCAUAUUUUCUCGACAUUUAUGUUUGCAUUCCAUCACAAAGCCAUUCCUCACUUGGAAUAUUUUACUUGCAGUUCCAUCCACACUUACUUGUAGCGCUUUUGGCAACAAUUUGAUGUCUCCAGACUUCCCUCGUGGUGGAUAUUCAAUGUGGUUUUGGUGGUUCUUGUAGCUCAGGAUGAGUCAUUUCUACAACGCGUGAACCAUGAGAGCAUUUAUCUGGUGUGGUAGAAGGUGUACAGGUACCACGGAGUAUUAGGGCCAAAAAAAAUCUGAGAUUUUGAGAAUAAAGUCGUAAAUGUACUAGAAUAACGUGUCAUGGUGUCAUACGUGGGAGAGUGAAAAUAGAGCAUAGCUCUUCAGGAAGGAAGGAAACUUUCCUUUGCUUCAGACAAGCUUUUAUUUAUAACGUGGCAGCAAAACAGAGCAGUUGAGCAUUUAGCAUUUAUAUUACUUGUAGUAUGGCUAGCCCUUCUCACUUCCGCCAAAGGUCACAUAAGUCGCCUCUUUUCAUAGCUGUCUCAGGCAACGCCUGUAAUGUGAAGUUGCCAGUUUUUUCUUGUAAAUUUACGACUUUAUUCUCAUAAAUUUACGACUUUUUCUCAUAAAUUUACGACUUUUAUUCUAGUAAAUGUACGACUUGUUCUCGUAAAUGUACGACUUUAUUCUCGACUCUCAAUGUGGUCGUAAUACUCCGUCGUAUAGAAGAGUGGGGAUGAAGGAUGAAACUUUACCAAGCCUGCCAAAAAGAAGAAUAUAACACAUUGGCAUGUGGAUGGAAGAACUGUUGCAGCACCUCUUUUUACUUGUUUGACCGCAUUUUGAUAUUUUCUUACUUUAUAGCUGUCCGUAUACAAUUUCAACUCUUUAGUUUGAACAUUUUAGCAUCUACUAGAGCCACAUGCAGCAUUAUCUACUUUUAAAAUAUGCUUUGUUUAGUUGUUCUUCUAUUCGUUUCCAAUCUUAAACCUCAACUUCUCAUUUAUGAGCUCCUCUGGGUUGGUUAGUGAGUAGUACACCACAUCGCACAGUGAAUUAUGCAUUUGCUAACAACUCGUGUUAUUUGUACAGCUGUUCUAUAUGAUUUUACCCUCAUAAUCCUCUGUAACCUGAACGGUGCACAGACAAUCGCUAUACACAUGUCAAUAAACCUGUGGAA